AUGGACGCAACCCAGGCCGGGACUUCCGUCCUUGACGAGGACAAAUACCGGGACGAGGUCCUCUGCCUCUCCGCGGAAGCUGAGCAAGUGCGGGCGCAACAGCUUUCCGAUGAGGCGCAGGCCCUGGGCCUGAAGGUCCCGCAGAUCGAAGCCUCGGCAUCGCUAAACGCCUCCAUUCACUCUGGAAUGGUCGAUCUCUCAUCCCCUGUGUUUUCGUCUGGAUCGUCGACCGAUCGGAAUUCUAUCUGCGAGGGAUCGAUCACCCCGUCCCACGAGCCGUCGUCCGCUUCUCCGCUCGACCAGGUCGUCUCAUCGUUGUCACACAUUACAAUUGCUUCGGAGCGCGUCAAGCCGGGGAGUACGAGAUCGCUGGCAUCUUUAUCGACCCGCCCGACUUCGUACUGCUCCAGUGACAGCCGAACAGUGCUUGACAACUAUGGAAAUAAUUAUGGAGGGCUGUCGCCCACGCCGAAUCGGGCUUCCGUGCUGAGCGUUGCCUCGGCCGAUCAGAAAGAGAAGCGCCGCCACAGCCUGAAGAAUGCUAUUGGGCGUAUACACUUUCGCAAGAAGCGGACGCCCUCAAACGUCCAGACCCCGCCGAAUGCGCAAAUCAUGAUCUCGAAGGAUGAGGGAGGAGUGGUGGAUCAUGUUUAUCUAGAGAGCAAGCGAGACCUCCCUCCCAGCAGCCACGAGGUAUAUGCCCGGCCGAGCAGCACGGCCGAGUCUCUUUCGAAGCUGGAGAUUCCCAUAUUCGACAAGGAGGCGCUGCAACGAAGCUUAGAUGAUCCUGAAUUGGCGGAAAUGUUGGCACGGCAUCGAAUGGAGAGGAACAGGCAUCUGGCGUUCCAAGAUGUGGCACUAAGCACCCUCCGGCGCCGGCACCAGACCGCCCUCUCCGAGCGGCAGUCCGACAACGAGCGCCAGCAGGGUGAAAAGCGCGAGAAGAACAUUGAGGACGCCGCUCGCAUGGAAGAGCGUCAACUUGCCGUGGAAAUGGAACAGCAACGCGAAUUCGACCGUGCAAAGCAGAACUCGCGCACUCGCAUCAAGCACAUGGAAGGGUACUUCCGGAACGCGAGUCCUCCACCUUCUCCUGCGCCAGCAGCGGAACGAUCUUCCGAUUCCUUCUCAGGCUCCGAGUCCACGACCCCGCCCGCCCGCCGCUUUACGCGCCAGCAGAAGGAGCAGCUCGAGCAGCAGUACCAUGAUCACGAAACUAUGGACGCGCUCCACGAGUCUCGCAUCAAAGUUCUUCGGGACCGGCAGGAAGUCAGACUGCAGGAAGCUAUUGCGCGCAUGGAGCGCGAGCUGAACAACAUGUGCGCCCAGCACAGCAAGAAUAUAACCGCAUUGCAGGCCGAGCACCGCUCCGAAGAAACGUCUAUGAUCCAGGCCUUGGACAACAAGAAAACCAAGCUGCAGCACCGGUGGGGUCUGGAAGAAGCCAUUCUGCGCCGACAACUUGAGGUGCGACAUGGCCAUCCAUACGGUCCUUUACCACCUCUCUCGUUUAGUGCCGCCGAUACCGAGACUCGAGAUUCGGCCGCCUGUCUGUCUGGCCCUUCUCCCUCUCUCCCCGAAGCCGAGACCCAGCAGUAA